AUGGAUGAUGUCAUCGGAGAUGGAGAGGGUGACGUAGUAGCAGGAUGGGCUUGUAUUGAAACUUUACAUUUUCGGUUUAUAAUCCAACCCGGCGGUUCUGUUCUCCGUUUCACCGGUGACGAACAAAAGCAAAUCCAGCUCUUCACUUUCUCUUUCCAAGUUGAUGUCAUUUCGUGUUCCCCGGUCAUCUUUUCAGUUGGAUCUGAUCGGCAGACGUGA